AUGAGUGCAAUUUCAGGAUUCGAUUUAUCUGGGGCUUUCACGAUCGUUGGCGUAAUUUUAUUGGGUUCGUUAAGUUCGAUAUUCUUGUACUUCAUCGCUACCGCGAUAUACAAUGUCUACUUCCACCCCCUUUCCAGCUUCCCAGGCCCCAAAUUUUGGGCGGCGUCCAGCAUCCCUUUCUCCCUAAGCCACAUGCGUGGAACCUUCGCAUUCGACAUCAAGAACAUGCACGACAAAUACGGCGAGGUCUUCCGAAUGGGCCCAAACCAGGUCUCCUUCAUCAAUGGUGAUGCUUGGAAAGAUGUCUAUGCGUACCGGAGCGACCGUCCUCACUUCACGAAGGACAAAACGAACUACUUCACCCCUCUAAAUGGUGUCGAAAGCAUCCACUCCGCUAAAGACGACGCCGUGCACUCACGACACCGCCGACUCCUCGCGCACGCAUUCUCGGAGAAAGCGUUGAGAGAGCAGGAGUCAUUACUAAAGACGUACAUGGAUCUCCUUGUUAUUCAGCUGAAAAAGCAGAGCGGUCCCGUUGACAUGGUGCGGUGGCUGAACUACACGACUUUUGAUCUGAUCGGUGAUCUCACGUUCGGCGAGCCUUUUGGUUGUCUCCAUGAUAGCGAAUAUCAUCCUUGGGUCGCCAUCGUCUUCCAAAGCAUGCGCGCCUCCGCAUUUGUGGUGGCUGGACGGCAAUACCCAGCCCUGGCAUCUAUGCUCGUUAAGUUGAUGCCGAAGAGCCUGUCGCAAAAGAUUCAAGAUCAUUGGGACUUGAGUGUGAAUCGAUUGAAUCGCCGCCUGGCUACCAAGACGGAUCGACCGGACUUCAUGACGUAUCUCCAGCGGCAGACGGGAGAGAAGGGGUUGAGUCCUGAAGAGAUGCAUUCAAACGCCCCGCUUCUCAUGAUUGCCGGGAGCGAGACAACUGGGACGGCUCUGUCAGCUUGUCUGUACUACUUAACCUCGAACCCGACAGUCUUCCAGAAGCUGAGGAAAGAGUUCGACGAGGCGAUAAAGUCGGAAGAGGACAUUACGAUCACCAACACAAGCGAACUGUCCUACAUGACUAAUGUUUUGAACGAGACGAUGCGGAUAUACAAUCCCGUACCUGGAGACCUGCCACGCGAGGCUCCGAAGGAGGGGAUUACGGUCGCUGGAUAUUGGCUGCCACCAUACACUCGAGCGUCACUGGGUAUCUACGCAGCCACGCAUUCAGAGCGUAACUUCAGAGAUCCUUAUGAGUUCGUUCCUGAGCGUUGGGACGAUAACAAUUCGACGUAUGCGAACGAUCAGAAAUCGGCUUUCCAGCCCUUCUCAACGGGCCCUAGGAACUGCAUUGGCAAGAAUCUUGCAUGGGCAGAAAUGCGUCUUAUUCUUUCAAAAUUACUCUUCAACUUCGAUAUCGAGCUCUUACCAGAAAGUAGAAAUUGGAGUGAUCAGAAAAUGUAUGUUUUGUGGGAGAAGCAUCCGCUCAUGCUCAACUUGAAGCCAAGGCAUUGAGGACGGAAGAUGUGAAGAAUGAGAAAUAUAGGAAAAGCUCCACUAGGAGAGGCAUUAAAGAACUACAUGUGCUUUCAGAACGACGAUAGUACACGUCCAUUUUUGUGUGCGCC